AACUUGCAAACCACUCAAAAAAAUAUCCAAACAAACAAACAAAAAGGAAAUAAUAAAGGGUAAAGGUUAUAAUAAGAAAUUAAGAAUGAUGACAAUAAUAUCACACCUAUUGUCCACUUUGUCUAACAUAAAAUUAUUAAAUAAGAAAAGAUGGAAAAUUAACAGAGAAGGAUAAGAGGAAAUGCCUUCCCACUUUCCCAACAUUAUUUUAUCUUAUUAGUUUUUUUUUUCCACCAGAUUCCAACUAAAAUAAAAUACCAAAACAAAACUAUAUUAUAAAAUAUAUAAAUGUUUAAUCAUUACAAACAUAUUCAUCUAUUCUUUCCCUUUCAAUUAUUUAAAAAGAUUUGUAAUGUUAUUAAUUUUUUAAGCUCCUUUCAGACAGACUUUGGAAAGUUAGAAUUUAAGAGCCUAAAUUAGCUCAACAACAGCACAAAAUAAUCAAUAAAAGAAUUACCAAAUAUCCUUUUCUUUAUUACCUCAAACCCCUCCUUUUCUCCUUUCUUCUCCCAUUUCAAAAGUCUCAAACUCACAAAUUCCAAAAAUCAAAAUUUUUCAUACACCACCUCCAUGAAUUUCUUCUUCUCUGCCCUUCUUCUCAUUUCUUACUUCUGAAAAACUCGCAAAAUUCAGAAAUUAUAUUUUCAUUUUAAUUCGAUUUUCGCCUAUUUUCUCCAACAAAAACUCAGUUAGUUAAGCACUGCUUAAGCUUAACUUCAAGCUUCUGUAAUCUUAAAAUAAAAUUAAGCUUCAAGUCUGAGUUUUCCAGAUUGAAAUCCUUCUGUGAAAGUUCCAUACCUUCUGAGCAGUUGCCAGUUUGAUUUUUUCCCCCUGUCCCCUCCUUUUUUUUUUUUGUCCUUCAAAACUUUACAUUUCUGGGUGUCAAAGUUCAGUCUGGUUUUCUUGCUGGGUUUGAAGAAUUUCAGCUUUUUUAAUUCGAAGUUGAAAGCUUUAAUGAAUUGAGCAGAAAUUCGAAGUGGGUUUCUCCUGAUUUCUUGAGGAAAUAUUUCUGAUAAGCCAAAAAAAAAAAUUCAAGGGUUGAAAAAACAGGGAAAGCUUUUAGGGUUUAAGGAAAUGGAAGCAAGAGAAGUAGUAGUUAGUAGUGGUGGUGGGGUUACGGUGGUGGGAUCCGAUGCUCCGUCGGAUUACCAAAUUUCUCACAGGUCAGAUCAUUCCAACUCUGCCGCUCCUCCUGGAUCAGCCCAAUUCCCUCCGCCGCAGGCGGUGGUCGGAGCCCCGUCGCCGAUGUCGGCGGGGAUGCCCGUCAAAAAGAAGAGAGGGAGGCCAAGGAAGUACGCCCCUGACGGAAGUGUGCCCAUGGCUUUAUCACCCAAGCCGAUCUCCUCUGCCGCUCCGGCGCCUCCGCCGGUGAUAGAUUUCUCCUCCGAGAAGCGCCCUAAAGUGAAAUCGGUCACCAAGAAAUACGAGCCACCUCCUCCACCACAGCAGCCACAGGCACAGGCAGAGAACUUCGAAUAUGCACCUGCUGUGAACGAUUGGGUCGCAUGCUCUGCUGGCGCUAAUUUCACUCCUCAUAUCAUCACUGUAAAUGCGGGCGAGGAUGUUACGAUGAAGAUCAUAUCCUUCUCUCAACAAGGUCCUCGCGCUAUAUGUAUACUCUCUGCCAAUGGUGUCAUCUCCAGUGUCACCCUUCGUCAGCCUGAUUCUUCUGGAGGUACACUAACUUUCGAGGGGCGCUUUGAAAUACUAUCCUUAUCUGGGUCAUUCAUGCCUACUGAUUCAACGGGAGGGACAAGGAGCAGAUCUGGCGGCAUGAGUGUCUCGUUGGCAAGUCCAGAUGGUCGAGUUUUGGGUGGCGGUGUCGCUGGUCUGUUAGUAGCUGCGGGUCCAGUUCAGGUCGUGGUAGGCAGUUUUCUGGCGGGGAAUCAGCACGAGCAGAAGCCAAAGAAACCAAAACCAGAUUCCUUCACCAUAACAACAACAACAACCACAACCAAUGCCAUUCCCAUCUCAGUCGCUGAUCCUAAAUCUGGAAUCACAUCGACCUCGUUCCGAGGAGAUACGUGGUCUUCUAUUCCAGCCGAUUCGAGAAGUGAACAAGGCAAGAUUAACAUGACAGUACAUGCAGGGUGAGUCUUUGCUGCUUCUUCAGCAGACCACAAAAUCAUCCAAGAGAGUUGGAAUCAUUUGUAGGAGCAACAUGAUCUCUCACCUUGUGUUUAUCUCUUUUUUUCCCUGUUAAAUUCGCGUCUUUUGUUGUGUUCUUGCCUGUGUACACAGUUAAUUCUUGCCUGGGAUGUCGAUUUUUCGGUUGAGUUAUUAUUGUUUAGAUGGAGAGAAAAAAAGAGGGUUGCUAGUGAUUAGUUGGGGGUGGUUAAUUAGUGAGAGGCUGCUGCUGCUGCUGGUCUCAUUGUAGAAUACAGGAUGAUGAUGUACUAUUUAUUUAGUUAUAUCUUCAGGGUGACUCCUCUUACUGUCGUUAACUUUGAGAGUGAUUUGCAGAGUUUAAUACUGCACUGCCUGUUGUUUCGCCAUGGAUUGCUCAUUGAUGGAGGAUCUAUAGACUGGUUCUUCUGAUUGUCUUACUGAAGAUGAGAAAAAGCAUGUCCCUCCUAAACUUUGACUUUCUUGUUCUACACCGACUUUUUGGAAGUUCGUGAGUCUCCAUUGAACCACAAAUGCAGAUGGAUGUGUUCCCAUUAACUCAAAUUAUAAUGUCGUGAAAGUUCUAAAUUCACACGAAAUCUGCGAUGUAUCACAUACUUUUUUUACAUUGUUUUCUUUCAAAUAGUUUUGUACCAGUUUAGCAAUAGUUUUUAGCAAUUAAACGAGAAAAACUCGAGCCACUAAUUCUUCUAGUUCAACUGUUCGAUCUGGUUCUUGACCAGCAGUUUGAUAGGUCAAAAACAAUGUCAAAUGCCAACCAAAUUCAAUGCCCUGAAAUGCUCAAGAUUCUGUCAAUGUCAUGCAUUGUCGACCAGGGGCGGUCUAGACCUAGUGGUGAUUGAACAGUGGUUUGAAGUCAACUUACCCAUAAAAAACACGAACCGUUAUGAAUGGGUUAAUGUUGAGCAAGUUACGAUUACGAAAAUCUCUAUUAACAAUAAUGUGAGUGUGUGAAUCGUUGAUCUCCACAUUCUAUUUCUUCCGUAAAUAAUACUAUGAUAAAGAAUUGUCUAUUUAUCAUCGUACCACAAACCAAUCUUCUUAUCUUUUAAUCACUCUCCAUUGACCAUAAACUUUGGAGGAGAACAGAAGAUUAUAUGACAGAGGACAAAUAUACCAACAACCAUUAGACUUUGGAUGUAUGCUCCACUAUUAAUUGAGAAAAAUUUCAAUAAUUUUCGACGGUUAAUCUUGUGAAAUUUUAAGAUUGUAGGUUGUUCUUUUCUUGAUCCAUUCAUUUUAAUAAAACGAAUGUCUAUUCACUGUUCAUAAAAUUAAAAAUAUAUAUAUAUAUAUACAUAUACGCAUGUAUAAAAUUAGUCCAUUUAAAAUGUAACUCACUCAAUUAUUUUCAUCCUGCCCAACCCAACCCUACUCAUUUACCAUGGUAGGAUAUGAUCUUUAAGUAUUUCGUUCAUGUCUCGACGGAUCAAUUUAGAUGGCAAAAACCACCAUACCUAGACUAAGACAUCCCUACUAGUGAGCUUACUUUAAAAGCGAGUAUAUUAGUUUAAAACAAAAUAACAAGACCAAGACUUUGGACUUUGGUUUGGUUAUAGCCUUAUAGGCAGAAUUUGUUUAGUAACAUACGAUAGCCAAUGGGAAACUUCUAUAGCAGUGAACUUGCCACCUCAACCACCCAAAAAAAUAAAAAUAAAAAUUGUUC